UACAAGAUGUGUGCUCCUCCAUGUGAAAUGAAUUGUGCCUUUCAGGCUGUCCCCAUAGCUGGUGACACGUCAGCUGGCAAAGUGCUCCCCGCAUUUUUGGGGGACUGUCUCAUUUGUCAGGGCACUCUGAUGUAUAACAAGAACACUGGGUCAUUCAGGAUGUUUGUGGGUUCCAGAAUUUCUACUAACUGCAUCAGAAGAAAAAGCACAUUAUGUCACAAGACACACAGUGCCGCCGAAUUUGGAAGUGAAGAUUCAGAUGAAGAAGAUCUCUGUGCUAUCAGUAAUAAAUGGACUUUCCAAAGAACAAGCAGACGAUGGUCUCGAGUGGACGACAUUGAUGCUUUACUUCACCAAUCAGACAGACAUGGAUCUUCUGGAGAUAUUAAAAUGAAAAAUACAACAAGCAGUGAGAGUGUCCUUACAGAUCUGAGUGAACCUGAGGUCUCAUCUGUUCACAGUGAGAGCAGUGGGGGAAGCGACAACAGGAGUCCAUCCAGCAUUAGCAGCAUUGCCAGGGAGACCUGCAACUGCUCUGGCCAGCAUGAGAGCACACUGCUGCCAGACUUAAUGGUGAUAAGCACUGCUCUGUCCCCCAAGGACAACGUUAAGAAUGAGAAACAAAUGCAAACCAAAACAAAAACCUUUCUAAAGCGCAUGGAGACAUUAAAAGCAAAAGGUGUGCAUGGAAAACUAAAAGGCUCAGGAAGAGCAGGUCCUUUAGAGAUAAGCAGACCUGUUCUUCAGCGUGAGCCGAAAUCCUUGAAGGACAUGCACUGUGUACAGAUAGUCAAUGGGGAUCUCCAAAACUUAGCACAAGAUUCAGGCAAAAGAGGACUUUCCUUUUCUGCCAAAUCCAGCAGUGAAAGCAGUCAGUCUGAAAACAGCAGCAGUGGGGUGAGCACACCAUGUUUGAAGGAACGCAAAUGUCAUGAAGUGAACAAGAGAGGUGGGAUGUAUCUGGAUGAUCUAGAUGUUCUGGCAGGAACAGCUUUACGGCAAGUGGUGGACCAAAACCGCAAAAAUGAAUUUCAUUCCCAAGAGAACUUGGUUGUGCAUAUUCCCAAGGACCACAAACCAGGGACCUUCCCAAAGGCGCUUUCUAUUGAAAGCCUCUCGCCUACAGACAACAGUAAUGGUGUAAACUGGAGGACAGGCAGCAUCUCUUUGGGAAAACAGAACUGCUCUACUCCAAAAGAGGCUGGAUUGAUGGCUUGCUGUCCUAAGGAGAGCAGAAUUAGUAUUUAUGACAAUGUACCAGGUUCCCACUUGUAUGCUAGUACUGGAGACCUUCUGGAUUUAGAAAAAGGUGAACUUUUUCCUCAUUUAGAUGACAUUUUGCAACAUGUCAAUGGACUCCGGGAUGUAGUAGAUGGUUGGUCAAAAAAUGUGUUGCCAGGUCUGCCAGUUGAUGACGUGUCAGUCAGAGAGUCUCCAUCAUUACCUUUCCAGUCAACCACACAGAUCACACUUGAUUUUGAAGGAAACUCUGUCUCUGAUGGCCGGACCACACCAAGUGACAUGGACAGAGAUGGAACAUCCCUGAAUGAAUCAGAGGCUACUGGUGUUAGGGAGAGGAGAGACUCUGGGGUGGGAGCAUCUCUCACAAGGCCGAGCAGGCAAUUACGAUGGCAUAGUUUCCAAAUUUCUCAUCGUCUGAGCCACUCCAUCGCAUCACUUCACAUCAGUAAUCAGUCAGCAGCCCAGCUGAAUCUGCUGCAAAAAUUCUCUCUACUUCGUCUUACAGCCAUCAUGGAAAAGUACUCCAUGUCAAACAAACAUGGCUGGACCUGGUCUGUACCAAAGUUCAUGAAGCGGAUGAAAGUCCCUGACUACAAGGACAAGAACGUCUUUGGCGUGCCUCUGAUAGUUCAUGUCCAGAGAACAGGACAGCCUCUUCCCCAAAGCAUUCAGCAAGCACUACAUUACUUAAGGGGCAACUGUUUAGAUCAGGUGGGUCUGUUUCGAAAAUCUGGAGUGAAGUCUCGAAUCCAGGCCCUGCGUCAGAUGAAUGAGAGCUCCCCACAAAACGUCAACUAUGAAGACCAGUCAGCAUAUGAUGUAGCAGAUAUGGUAAAGCAAUUUUUCCGUGACUUGCCAGAACCCCUCCUCACAAGUAAGCUGGGAGAGACUUUUCUACACAUCUACCAAUAUGUCCCCAAGGAACAGCGGCUGCAGGCUGUGCAGGCAGCCAUCAUGCUGAUGUCAGAUGAGAACCGGGAGGUUUUGCAGACGUUGCUGUGCUUCCUGAGCGACGUCACCUCUGUGGAGGAGAAUCAGAUGACUCCUAUGAACAUAGCUGUUUGUCUGGCCCCUUCCCUCUUCCAUCUCAAUAUAGUGAAGAAAGAAAGUUCUCCAAGAGUAAUACAGAAAAAAUAUGCAACAGGGAAGCCAGAUCAGAAGGAUCUCAGUGAAAACCUGGCAGCUACUCAGGGACUUGCUCACAUGAUAAUGGAAUGCAACAAACUUUUUGAGGUCCCACAUGAGAUGGUCACUCAGUCCCGAAACUCCUACAUUGAUGCAGAAGUGCAUUCUCCCACCCUGGAUGAGCUUGGGAAACAAGUGGAUGAGGAAGGAGGGAACUACCAGAUGUACCUUGAAAGUCUCAUGCAAAAUCUCCACAAAGAAGCAAAAGAGAAAUUCAAAGGUUGGGUCACAUGCUCCAGUAUGGAGAAUACAGAACUCGCCUACAAAAAGGUUGGGGAUGGGAACCCUCUAAGGCUUUGGAAAGCCUCAGUGGAAGUUGAAGCCCCACCAUCAGUUGUUCUGAACCGAGUGCUGAGAGAACGUCACCUUUGGGAUGAAGACUUCUUGCAGUGGAAGGUUGUUGAGAGCCUGGACAAGCAGACAGAAGUUUACCAGUAUGUUCUGAACAGCAUGGCUCCUCAUCCCGUCCGAGAUUUUGUUGUUCUAAGGACGUGGAGGACAGAUUUGCCAAGGGGAACAUGCAUGCUGGUUGCCAUCUCUGUGGAGCACGAAGAGGCUCCUCUUAUGGGAGCUGUGCGAGCCAUCGUGAUGGACUCUCAGUAUCUGAUAGAGCCAUGUGGCUCAGGAAAAGCCAGGCUGACCCAUAUCUGCAGAAUCGACCUAAAAGGACAUUCCCCAGAGUGGUAUAACAAAGGCUUUGGACAUCUGUGCGCAGCAGAAGUUGCCAGGAUCAGAAACUCAUUUCAGCCUCUGAUUGCUGAAGGACCAGAAACAAAAAUCUGAGGAAGUGUUUGUGGAAAUGUGUACGUGUAAAUCAGGGUAUGGCAGAGAACAGGAAGACAGAAAGCAGAGAUCAUUUUUAGGUUACAGAAGUCUGACCAGACCCAGGUCUGUACAAAGGUGAAAAAGGAAUUUUAUAGGAUAGUUCUUUUAUUCUGGAGACUUUGCCUCCCAUGUCCUUUCUGCAUUAAUUUCAAUUGCUAAAGUAAAAUUUUCUUCAAAGACCUUUUAUCUUUAUUGUUUUAAAAUCAUACUAUUGCCAUGACUUGUGUGUUACAUAACUCUGGUAUUUAAAGGCUUCUAAGAAGCAUAUUUUAAUUGUAAAUAAAUUAUGUACAGUAUGUAUAUAUUUAUCUAUAUUAUAUCUAUAUAUAUGUAUAUGUAUAAAUUAAUUAUUUUGUAUAUAACUCAGUGCUUUCUAGAAGUCUCUUGCAUCAGUUGGACCUUGAAUCCGUCACUUGUUUCUUAAUGUGUCACUGCUACAUAAGCUGUGUUUGCUGUUAUCACAGGGGUGCCAAGCAUAACCCAUGUGAUAACAGAAACGUUUGUUCUCGGGUUUGUUUUGUGUUUGUGUGCUAUGAGAAGGUACCUAGAAAUAGAUGUAGAAGAAUUAAGAGAAUUAAGGAAGAGGGAAUUUGUAGGUUAAAAAAUAAUGAGCAGAUCCAUUUUGACAGAUACAGUGCAUGGAGUGUAACUGAGACAUUUUGAAGGCCAUUUAUAUUCAGCUACAGAAAGUUUUGACUGUCAGUACAAGGAGAUGUUGGAAACUUAGCUAUUGCCUUAAUUAACGGUCUGUCUGUCACUAGAGAACCUCACUAUGUCAGUGUUCAGUGUAACUGCUCAUUCUUAGCAAGUACAAGAUAACACUUUGUGUACUGAGGUAUCUGAAAUCAGACUGGUAAGUUAGUAAGCUGUAAAUCUUUUGUUUAGCAUUUCAUCUAGGCUGUGAAGAAGUGUUUGUGUUGUUCUUUCCUUCAUCCAUAGAGGUAGCUCAUUAUUCAGAAGCUCCAAAGCAGAUUUUCUACAUCCAAUGGACACAAAGAUGUACGGAUGAACACCAUGCCUUUUAGUACUCUUCCUAUAAAAAUAAGUAAACUUUUUGAAGCUUUUAAACACAUCUCAGAGAUGUAAAAGAUUAAAUGCAGACUAUGCUUGGGAAGAUUGCUUUUAUAGUAACAGCAAGCAUUUUUGUAUUAUAUUGCACUGAUCUGCAUGGUCCUGCCUCUAUAGGCAUUGGUGGGAGCAGGAUCAGCCCCUGACUAUGAGGAGUAGGAGCCAUGUACACCUAUUAUAUCGUUUCAUUUUCAGGGACCUAUUAUUUGCUAAUGGAUGAAUGCUUUAAAAGUCGUAAUAAUUAUUUGUUAAUGUUACCAUUGAGACAGGGUUCUCUUCUGUUUUUAACUAACCUAAGACCAAAAAUGAUAUUACAUCUCUGAUUCAGUCAGAAUGUACAAGCCUGUUAAUAUUGUUCUUCAUUAAUCUCAUUUGUUCACCUUGUGUUUAUUUAUUGCUGCAUAAACCAGUUGAGACAUUCAUAGCCAGUUUUAGCUAUCCCUUGUCAGCUGCUGCUCUCUUUGUCUCACCCAUGUUCUGUUGAGCUCCUUGGAGCUUGGUUGCCUAUAAGCUCAUAUGUUGAGUUUGUUGCCAGCGAUCACAGAAUUAUAGAAUAAUUUGGGUUGGUUUAAGAUCAUCUAGUUCCAACCUGGGAGACAGGGACACCUGUCUCUAGACCAGGUUGCCCAAAGCCCCAUCCAGCCUGGCCUUGAAUGCUUCCAGGGAGGGAUCAUCCACAACCUUGCUGGGCAACCUGUUCCAGUGUCUCAUCAGCCUCACCAUAAAUAAUUUCUUCCUAAUAUCAAGUUGCAACAAAGCUUGCAGCAUGCAAAUAUUGGGAGUUUUUAAGUAUGAAGAGAUGAGUGAGAGCAUAUGCACCCUAUGUGCUCUCCAUGAGAUCCUUGUUCUCCCCAAGUGAAAGGCCCCAGGCAGGCAUGGAAACCACCCAGUACCCACAUCCAGCCUUUUCCCUGCUGCCAUUGGGUGGGACUGCGAUCCCAAGGAGCAGCACCUCCUCCCACCAAUGCCUGUAGCCAUGGCAGCAGAUUUCAUACUAGCUGUUUUCCAAAACAGGAGCAAUUAAAGUGCUUCUGCUACAUUAGUUUGCAUAAAUGGAUACAAUUGUGCUGCAGUACCAAUGGACACAGAUUCUCUGACACUGGGAACAGCAACUGUCUGACACUAAAUUCUGAAGGAAUUGAAGGGAAAACCUGGACAGUGGUUUUAUCCUAUCUGAGAACUCGUCAUUCUGCUGGAAGGGGCCUUGUGCCACUGCCACCAUUAAUAAGGUGAGCUUGUCUUCCUACCGUUGCAGAAGCUGUCAUAUGCUCCCAGCAUCUCUAAGCCAUGUAUCAAUAAAAUGCAUUUUUGUUAAAAGGCACAUUAUGCCAUGUCUACCAUUCAGCUACCACAGUACUAUUGUUACGUUGCCAUUGAGAAUACAUUAUGAUGAUUAUGUUUGAAAUGUUAUAUUCAUAUCAAUACCUCAUAUUUUUACCUCAUCUGUUGGUAUCACUCAUUUAGUUGUAAAUAAAUCAUUGCAGAAUUGAAUAAAUUUGCAUACAUUAAAGAAU